UGGUUCCCUGUCUGGGUCUAGAUAUUGGACCUGAGGGGUCUGAUCCGGUUUUGGGUCUACGCUACUCCGUACAGUCGGGGCGGAUUUGUUUCAGCAUCAACCCAAACCCAUUUAAAGCACCAAGUGCAAUCCUUCUCGCACUGGAUCGAGGAAAAAUUACUCUGAUACAUGUCAAGCCCUAAGGGUCACAGUCACACUUUCUCGCUCUAAACCUUGACGAAGGCAUUUCCCUCGCUAUUUGAAUCUCUCUCUAUAAACUAUUUGCAGUAAGGGAAAGAAAGGGCGUAAAGGAAGCUACCGGUCCUCCCAUUACAGCAAGCCACUGGGUAUGGUCCUCAUUCUUUCUUUCUUUGUUGGGUGUUCUUUAUUCAUCAGAACAUAAACGAUCUUCUCCUUUUUUUUUUGAGUGCAAAAGUGUUGUUAGUCCAUUAACACUGUAACUGAUGAUAUUCUUCUAAAUCUUCAAAAUCAUGGCCUUGACAAAAGCCCAAUCUUUCUGCAAACCCCAAUUUCUCAUUUCCCUUGUCAUUCCUCUCUCUCUUCAUUCUUAUGUUCAACAGUUCUCCACAAAACCCUCUUCUCUCACUUCUCCUUCUUCUCUCAUUAAUGAUGGAACGGCCUUACCUUCUUCUACUUCUUCUUUCAUGAUUAAUCUGUUUGUGGACUCUUUUGGGUUCUCAAAGCAAGGAGCCAUUGCUGCAUCUUCCCAGCUUCUCCAUGUCAAAACCCCUGAGAAAGCUCUCUCGGUACUAAACUUCCUCAAAGCCAAAGGUUUUGAAGCAAUCCAUAUCCAUACAAUUAUCAACAAGUGCCCCCAUCUUCUUGCAGCCAAUGUCGAGAAAAACCUAGUACCGAAAUUCAAAUUGUUUGAAGAUUUGGGCCUUUCUAAAUUCGAUCUUGGGGCCGUCAUCUCUGCAUAUCCAACCAUUGUUACGUAUAGCUUAAACAAAAGACUUCUCCCUAACAUUCUCUUCCUUAAAAACUACUUGGAUCCCAAAGGUGUCUUGAAGUUUCUCAAAGGUCAAGGUCGUAGAUUGGUGUCCAACAGAUUGCAGUCCAAUGUUAGGUUCAUGGAGAGCCAGGGAAUUGGCGGCUCGAAGUUGAGAGCACUCUUAUUGAAAAGGACGGCCUUAUUUGAAGUGAAGGCCAUUAGGCUUAUAGAAAUCACAGAGAAAGUUAAGGAAUUGGGUAUUGAAUCUCACUUUAAAAUGUACUCUCAUGCUGUUGGGUUCAUGAGUUCGAUGAGCAAGGAGACAUGGCAGAGGAAAUUUAAGUUCUUUAAGAACUUUGGGUGGUCAGAAGAAGAUAUCCGCACCGCUUUCCAAAAGGUCCUUGUGGCAAUAUAACUGCAAAUGAGGGUGAAUUUCUUACGGUGCUGCAAGGUUUAAAUCUUGUUAGAGAAAUGUUUCCAGCUAUGUCUUGUGUGGUAGAAGGGGACUCAUUAAAAUGUUGUAAUCUGCUACAAUAAAUGUAGUAAGCUGCUUGGAGAUUGUUCCCAUAGAGGAUGAGGAUGAAGUGAGGGACUUACGUAAAGAAAAUGACGGAUGGACUUGUUAAGUUUGGGGUGGGUUUGGAGACGCUUUUGGUCUCUAAGGACUUAAUUAAUAUUUGAGAGCAUUGUAUAUCUUUACUAUAAUAAUGAAAUCCAAUAAGU